AUGGGAAGUUGCUGUUCUAUGUGCUCCGGACAUAAUAGCGACGAGGUUCAUUUUGAGGGUUGUCUUGCCAGUGGAAAUGUGCACCUUAUAAAGACCAUGGAAAGUUGGGAGGCAAAGUUAUCAGAAGCAGUCAAGGAUGGCAAGAUUGUUGUAGCAAAUUUCAGUGCAUCGUGGUGUAGACCUUGUAUAAUGAUUGCACCAGCCUACUGUGAGCUUGCUGACAAGUAUCCUUCUAUCGUAUUUCUAACCUUGGAUGUCGAUGAUCUCGCUGAGUUGAGUACUUCAUGGGAUAUAAAGGCCACUCCAACAUUUAUUUUUCUUAAAGAUGGAAGACAAGUGGACAAACUUGUUGGAAGCAACAAGACAGAGCUCCAGAAGAAGACAGCAGCUGUGGUUCAUUUAGCAACCAAGUCUCAUAGUUGA